AGAGGGAAGGGCCAGUGACGCCCCCGAACCCAGCUGCAGAAGCGGCCGCCACCUCCAAUGCACAAGGUGUCACAUCUGAAAAGAAACCUGAGCCCCAGGGAGGCAGGCGCUGAGCUUCCCAGGCCGGGCUGGCGCUAACCGCGCGGGAGGGCUCCUGGCAGCGCUGGAGGACCAGAGGCAGCUCCGUCGCAGAGGACCUUAGCGACCUGAUCCUAGGAUCCCGGCUCCACGCUCUCCUCGCAUUUUUCAGACCCCCCCCCCCCCACCCACCGGUCUAAUUCUCCAAAACGGAGCCUUUAUAUCGAGAGAAGGUUCGGGAGCUGGGGCAACCAGGACUUUAGCGGGCACCCAAGAUGCGCUCCAUUAGGAAGAGGUGGACGAUCUGCACUAUAAGUCUGCUCCUGAUCUUUUAUAAGACAAAAGAAAUAGCAAGAACUGAGGAGCACCAGGAGACGCAACUCAUUGGGGAUGGUGAAUUGUGUUUGAGCCGAUCACUUGUGAAUAGUUCUGAUAAAAUCAUUCGAAAGGCUGGAACGACAAUCUUCCAGCACUCUGUGGAAGGUUGGAAAAUCAAUUCCUCUUUAGUCCUGGAGAUAAGGAAGAAUAUUCUUCGUUUCUUAGAUGCUGAACGAGAUGUCUCAGUAGUCAAGAGCAGUUUUAAGCCUGGUGAUGUCAUUCACUAUGUGCUUGACAGGCGCCGGACAUUAAAUAUUUCUCACGAUCUACAUAGCCUCCUACCUGAAGUUUCGCCAAUGAAAAACCGCAGGUUUAAGACUUGUGCAGUUGUUGGAAAUUCUGGCAUUCUGCUAGACAGUGAAUGUGGAAAGGAGAUUGACAGUCAUGAUUUUGUAAUAAGGUGUAACCUAGCUCCUGUGGUGGAGUUUGCUGCAGAUGUGGGAACUAAAUCAGAUUUUAUUACCAUGAAUCCAUCAGUUGUGCAAAGAGCAUUUGGAGGCUUUCGGAAUGAGAGUGACAGAGAAAAAUUUGUGCAUAGACUUUCCAUGCUGAAUGACAGUGUCCUUUGGAUUCCUGCUUUCAUGGUCAAAGGAGGAGAGAAGCAUGUGGAAUGGGUUAAUGCAUUAAUCCUUAAGAAUAAACUGAAAGUGCGAACUGCCUAUCCAUCAUUGAGACUUAUUCACGCUGUCAGAGGUUACUGGCUAACAAACAAAGUUCCCAUCAAAAGACCCAGCACAGGUCUGCUCAUGUAUACACUCGCCACAAGAUUCUGUGAUGAAAUUCACCUGUAUGGAUUCUGGCCAUUCCCUAAGGAUUUAAAUGGAAAAGCUGUCAAAUAUCAUUACUAUGAUGACUUAAAAUAUAGGUACUUUUCCAAUGCAAGUCCUCACAGAAUGCCAUUAGAAUUCAAAACGUUAAAUGUGCUACAUAAUAGAGGAGCUCUAAAAUUGACAACAGGAAAGUGUAUAAAGCAAUAAAGCACAUUUUAAAACAUACAAACAAACCGAAUAUGCACUUCUGUUCUGAAGAUGAUUCUGAAGAUUUGAAAACAGGAUCCAAAACAAGGCUGGGUUUCAGCAUUCACCAAUUAACUGAAAGGAUGAUAAAGGAAGUUCAUGUGAAAUCCACUACCAGCUGAUGAAAUACCUGCAAAGUGCUCUAAAAAUUAAAUAUUUUGACUUCAAGGGUCCUAGUAAGUGCCACUUCCACUAAGAAUACAGUCUGAAUGUAUAAUCAGUAGUGUUUACAAGAUCAAACAAUGCAUUUGUCAUUAAUUAGCAAAGCAAAUAUGUUCGUCAAUUUUGGGCUGCCGCUGCAACGCAAAGCACAUGAGAAGAGGAACCCAGGAACACAACUCAGCCCUUGGGAAAUUAAAUCAUCCUUAUCAGCAGAAAUCAAGAUGGAACAAUUUGAGCAGUGAAAUCCAUAAGAUUAGACAACUCAAGUAAAUGCCUUCAGUCAGGACUCUGAGUCUGAUCAUGAAUGUUAUGUUUUUGAUUGUGUUUUUUUAAAUUUUUUGGGGGGUGGGGGGAUGUCUUCUGAAGUCUCUUUUGAUUUAGAUACUGCGAUGCUCAGAAAUCCUUUCUGAGAUAAAGAAAUAGGAAAUACAAAUGAAUGAGAAAUAAAUGUCAAAUAAUCAUUACUAAAGUUCUCAUAAUUUUCAAAAACAAUCACACUGUUUCUAUUUUUUAAGUUUUAUUUUGCACAACUCUAGACCUCCAGAUUAAUUUCCAGUGGUGUAGAAGGUACCAGCUAAACUGUACCACUCAGUGAUAGUGGACCAUUUUAAAGGAAAGACAUUCCAGAUCAUCUAAAAUGGUAAAAUUAACAGGAAAAAAAAAAGCACUUUAGGUACCAAAGAUUAUACUCAUUUUUCUACACAACAUACCAUUCUCCUCUCAUGAAAGUAAUACAUUAUUAAGAUGAAUAUAGUAUUAUGCUACUAACGUGAAAGUUGUCUCUAAAUAUUUUUAAAUUUCCAAAGUCAAAUUUUAUUUUUAUUGGAGGGAAAUCUGCCAUAUUCUCUUCAUUUCAUAAUAAUUCUGUGGAAACAUUUUGCUCUUUAGAAUAAAGAGGGGCAUCAAGAAUAAGCAAGAAAAUAAAGAAACCGUAUAAUAAAAGCAUAAGUUUAGAAUAAAGUUUGAUAUAGCAGAAAUGUGACUUCUAGUUGUUUAAUAUUCCCCUGUGAUUCAAAGGCAAAGAUUGUUAUGCUCUUUGUAUCAUACUUAGUGCAAAAAUAUCAUGAUUAAUAGCAGAGAUGAUUAAUGUUAAGAGGUUUAACAAUGAAACUGUGUCAGUGUUAUGUACUUAAAGUGAAUUCAAUUGACCAAUAGUUUUCUGUAAAUUUAAUCACAUUACCCCUAAAUGUGUUUUUAAAGAAACUAAAGUUUUUCAUAAGGUGAUUUUUUUAAAAGUAUAAAAUAUAACAGAAUGGGUCAGUAAGUUAGUUUUCUUAUAAUUUAUACUGCACCAGUAGGUAAUUCUGAUGGUAAAUUGUUUCUUCAGAAAGCAGAAGCACUUUUUUCUCACUUCUUCUUUGGCAUGAACCAACUUACAUGACUUCUUGUUUCUUGGGGAAGGCAUCUGAGGAAAGAAGAAAUAGCAUGAGGAAUAGGUUUGUUUUGUUUCUUUCUUAGAGAAGGCAAUGUGAGAGAUGAAUAAAAGCAUGAAUUAUAUAUAUAUAUAUAUAUAUAUAUAUAUAUACAGACACACACAAAUAUAUAUGUAUAUUCAUGUUAUCACAGUAUAGAUAUUCAGAAUAGUAUGAUUUUUAAUAUUUUUAAUGAUAUGUGCUAUUAUUUAAAAAAAUAAGGUAGAACAUUGGGAUACAGAAGACUGUAUUUUCCUAGGAUUCUUGUGUCCCUAAGAAAGUAAAAUGGAAUACAUAUGGGAGAUUCAUAGCUAAAAAUGAAUAGAACUUUAAUGUACUUUUAUCAUUAAACCUCUUAUCUAUUGAAUUUUUUUUUAAACUGCAUACGCUUUGAAGGUAAACUUGAAAAGUAUGCUUUAUCUAACAUGAAAAGUAGAAUCUUUUCAUAAAGUAUGAUUUAUUUAAUAAAUGAAAAGUAAAAUUGUAUCUCAGUUUGGACUAUUUGCACAUAAUAAAUUGUUACAGUAGCCUUUAUCUUGAAUUCAGUAGAAAUGUAGAAGUCACAAGUAAAUCUUCCAACUUGAUAUUCAUUCAAAGUUUGUCUUAAAAAGCAACAGCAAGGUACCUUGCCAUUUUUACUGCAUUUUCAACAAAUGUACUUAAACAAUUUUAAGGCCACAGCAAACACAUGUCAGCCAUUCACUGUUUCUGUGCAUUGAUGUUUAUCUCAUAGAUGUAUUGGGUAGUGCCUUUUUAGCUUCUUCGCUCUGCUUUAUUAUCCUACACUUUCUGUUCUCUAAAUACUUGCCCAGUUCUGAAAAUGUUCAGCAUAAAAAAAAGGGCUUCAGUAUUGACUGAGACUAUUUUUGUUCAUCUCAGGGAACUUUCAAUACUCAAGAAUGAAUUCAAUUAAGGUAUUCAGUGUUCAAACAAGGCAACUGUACAAGUCUAUUUCAUUCCCUAUUGUAUAUACCUAUCCAUCUGUCUUCCCCCUUUGAUAUCUACUGCGGCCUUCUUAUAAGGAUAGGGCAAGGAGAUCAUUGAAGGCUAACAGCAAGACUAACAAAGAGCUGAAAUUUAAACAACAAGGGGGCAAAUGGGAUCAGAGCAAAAUCAAAUUAUAAAUACAUACUUGAAAUAUAGGGGGUUUUCUUUCUUUUGAAACUGUCUUACACUUACAGCUUUAAUUUUUUUUAACUUAUUUUUCAUGAUUUAACCAUGUACCUGGCAAUGCUCAGGCAGCUGAUUGUGAAAUAUUCCUGUUUAGGUAACAUAAUGUUACUGUGCUGUUAACAUGAAUAGGCCAUGGAAACAUUGCAUCAUUAUUACCCAGCCUGUUCUAUGGUUAAUGUUAUAUUGCUGAAAUAAAAAGUGAGUCAGUAACAGAUUUUCUGGGCAAAUCUAAAUGAUUCAGCCCACAAGACUGAUGAAACUACUGUGGAAGUUUUCCUAACUGAAAGAAGGUGCUGGGCAUUCAAAUGUCUUCAUGUAUUGUAUAUCAUAUGAAUUGUAUAUCAAUUAUUAAUGGGAAUUUCUACAUGUAUGCUUAUAGAAGUGAUUAAUUUAAAUAAUGCUAGGGGUAGUGUACAUACCGACUAGUUACUAAGCUAUUACACAGGAAAAGGGUGAACUAAGUAAUUUAUUUCUAAUUGAGCCAGUUAGUCAUAAUGCACAUAAUGUUGUAUUUGGUUCAUGAAAGAAUUGUUUUCAUGUGGUUAUUAUAAGGACUAUCUGUAAUUGUGGAAGGGGUGAGGGAAGAGUUAUGUAUAGUUAGUUGUUAUCUCUUCAAGUUUGGAAGUUUCCCCAUCAAACAUUAUUAAUAUACCAAUGUUUUAAAAAAAAUGAGUGAGGGUUGUUGUUUGUAUUUGAUUUUUUAAAAAAUCCAAAUAAAGCCCACCUAGAAAUAGAUAUUUUAUUAUAUAUGUGCUAUAGAUAUAUCUAUAUAGUACAAAUAGACAUGUGUGUAACAUAUAUACAAUGUUAUAUAUGUGUAUCUGUGUGUAUACACACUGAGUCUGUAAAAUGUACACACUAGAUUUGUGUUAUGUUAACAUCUUCAGGGUCUGCACUGUGAACUACCCUGGAGAUAUUAGACCACUUGGGAAUAAAGAAGUUCUUUUGAAACUUCAGUGACUAAACUGCUUUAAGAGAGACCUACUUUAAAACUGAAUUCUAUGUUCAUACUUAGAGUUAAAAUAAGGGACUAGUAUGUCCACACUUUUUUAAAAAUGAAAAAAAAAAAUAAUAAAAGUCUUCAAGCUGGCAGUGUAUUUGAAUUGCAGUUUUCAGAUUUUGACUCCAGGCCUUGUGUGUCUCAUUUAAGUAGCACCUUUUAAUAAAUGCUGUUUCUUUGUGUAGGCGAAAGCACAAGUGUUUCAAAUGUAUAUAGCAGGAAAAAAGUCAGUUUACAGAGAUAGUGUUGCUGCACAGGAUAAUUGCUACUGAGAAUUUCUUAUAUCAUUUAUUUGUGGAAUUAAGAGAUGAGGUUUUUUUUUCUGUCAGGUUCAUUCUGUUAAACACUGUUUCCCUAUCAUUUGUGUAUAGCAACUGGGUAUUAUUGUUUUAUCAUUUGUAAAAUUGUAAAAUAAAUUAAAUUUCUUUUUUCAA